GUUGUUCAUUCGUUGCUUUCUUGGAAGAUUUCUGACAACACCGUUAGCUUCCCAUUUUUCAGUCUGUGCUGAAAUAGAUUGUGCCAUGCAGAAAGGAAGAGAGGCUUGCAUCACGUGGAGACGUUUGAGUAUAGAUGAAGUGAAAUAGCCACAAAGCAUCAUCAGGGGUGGCGCAAGGGUCGUUUGUAAAGCAACAUGCACGUGUCCAGGGCGGAUCCCUGUCCAGUUAACGGGACAGCAGCCAUUCCAAGGAGGCGCAGCAUGAGGAACAUGUCUCUCCUGGAGCACCUGCGAGGCUGUCAGAGAGGCUGGUGCCCUGUGGCGCCCUGGGAUAGAGCGAAGGCCCACUCUGCCCUCUGUGGGACGCCUGCUGGGAGUUUCAUGGUCGUGCGGGAUGGUUUGACAUCUCUGCCCAGUUUGCUGUGCGUUUCUGCAGAAGGAGAGGAUGAAGCGGUUCUUGAUUAUGAUGUCACAUGCACAGGCACAGUCUUCCAGCUGUCUGAGUCGUGUCUUUCUUUCUCGGAGUUGGCUCACUUGGUGUUCUUCUACUCUUUGAGCAGGGACGUGUUGGCUGUCUGUCUAAAGUUUCCUCGCUGGAUCUACAAUGUAACUGGGAUCGCCAAAGAUCGUCUUUCUCAGCUCCAACCCAAAACCUGGCUCAGCACACCGCCUGACCAGAUGACUGAUGCAGAUGUGAAUGAGUUGGAGCCAAACACCAUGAUGUGCUCCAUACAGUUAACCUCAGCCAACGGAGCUCUGUGUGUCAUCAACCCGCUCUAUCUUCUUGAGCAUGGAGAUGAUUGGCUGACGCAUCAGGCAACCAGCGUGCAGUGCCCAACACAGACGCCAACUUACAGGCGAGAGAGGCGCCUCAGUUCCACUCGAAAGUGGGUUGGGGCCGGCCUGAGGAGCAGCCGAGCCGUCUCACUGGACCAAGAAGCCUUUGUUGGCACUGAAGUCUCAGGUCGGAUCAGACGCAAGUCUGAAGAAUCCGAGCCAACCUCGUCGGUGUCAUCCCCUCAAGGAGGCGUUGUCCUCAGGAGGUCCAGCCAAGGUUCCACCUCUACCCUCUCCAACAAAGGGAGCACGGGGAGCUUGUCUGCUUCUAGCACUGAGCUGCAGAACCGUGACAGCGCCGGGUCUCAGUCCCCUCACAGGGUCUCCUGGAUCGAGGAUGGCUUCUGGCUGCCACCGCCCACCAGGCCUUCUUCGUUACUCCCGCCACCGUACUCUGAGCUGGACUCGCUGUCCAUCAGCAGCAUAGAAGAAGAACAGGAACACCAGUCGCCGAGCCCCACGUCCCAUCACCCGUCGGCCCACCGGCUGGCUGACAAAGUCAUAAAUCGCCUCUCCGCAGUGGGCCAGGCGCUCGGCAGCCUGGUGUGUCAGAAGAAGAGGCUGACCAAUCGCGUUGUGGAGCUGAGCGACAGGAAACGGGGACCUUUUGCAAUGGCCGUGAAGGAAUUUGUGGAGGCAACGCUGGAGAGAGGAACUGACAUCACGGGGUCAGAGUUCUUACAGGAAGUGAGGUCAUCGCUUACAUCACUGAGGGAGACUCUCCUGGAUUACCCUGAUAUCCAGGCGCUGUUGGACAGUAUGACCGACCUCAGUGACUCAGAGAUAGACCCCCUGGUGGAGCUCUCCGUGCACAAGGUGGCCUUAAAGCCGGUGUCGGCUCACCUCUACUCCUGCAUCCACAUCUGGCGGUCCAACGACGGCAGUUUGCAGCGUCUGGAGCACAACCAGCGUGUUCUGGAAGACAACGGCGUGGAGGCGCUGGGGGGAGCGUCGGGCGUCGGAGUUCCGGACUUAGUCACCCUUGAGCGGAUCCAGCAAAGAUGGGCAAGUAUGCACAAGGCCUACUCCCCCAACAAGAAGGUCCAUAUCUUGCUCAAAGUCUGCAAGAGCAUCUACCACAGCAUGAGCUCCAAUUCCAAUUCAGAUGUGGUAUUGGGAGCUGACGACUUCCUGCCCUGCCUGACGUGGGUGUUGCUGCGCAGUGACCUGCUCAACUUGCAGAUUGACACAGACUACAUGAUGGAGCUGCUGGACCCCGCACAGCUUCAGGGAGAAGGUGGCUACUACCUGACAACCUUGUACGCCGCUCUCUACUACAUCAGCAGCUUCCGGCCGCGCUUGGCCGCCCGUCAACUCAGCGUGGAAGCCCAGCACUCUCUCAGCCAAUGGCAUCGCAGGCGCACCGUGCACAGCAACCAAUCCCGGCACAGUAAGCGCAGACGGACCGUUCGCAGACAGACGAGUCCUGAGAAGGCCGUGCAGGCGGAGGAUGGCGACACCGGGGAAGUGGGGGAAAGUGUGAUGGGUGAUCCACAGCAGCAGACAGAAAUGAACACGGAUGAGACGCUGGACUCUAAUGACAACUGGACACAAGAUUAAGUGUGUCUUACUCUCACAUCCCACCCAGAAAGCCAAAUUAUGGUAGAUAUUCAAAUUGAUAUCAUGGGAAUAUGACUAACUUUGUUCAGUAAACACAUGAAAGAACAUACAGUAUAUUACUGCUUACAUGUCAUUGGGGACUUUAUAUUCAUAAAAAUGUAUAGAUUAUUAUCAUAGCAUAAAUAGAUGUUUAGAGUUUGAUUUAUAUUUUUGUAUAGUUGACACCUGGAUCAUAGCCAUGUUGAUGAAAAUUGACAGUAAAUAAAUAACCAUAACAAUAAUGAAACACCAAAUAAUUGAACAACGUCAGUGGCGCUUAUUCGCCACCAGGGGGCAGUAAUGUGUGUUCUGAAGCAGAGUCAUGUAUAAAGAGAGCAUGGCCAACUAAGCAACAGGCGCCAUGACUGCUACUAAGGACGUGUGCGGCCGUGCACAGAUGCAUGCAAUUGCUGUCAUUUUGAUGUUCGCUUUUCUGACCAAAUAAACCAAAGUAAUACGUCCAAAUAUAGUUCUAAACAUACUCCAGCGCAUACACUUUCGUCAAAGUAUAAUUUUGCCGCCGUAGUCGACGCACUCUGCUGCUACGUUCCUGCGACCAGCGACACUCUAACACGCACUCGGCGGGGCAACAAACGUAAAAAAAAAUACACAGAACGACCAAAAAAUAACUUGCUCCUCUCAUUUUGCCAAAAUCUUCUUUAGCUUUAGAGCAGGGGUCUUCAAACGUAAGGCAGGUUUUAUCCGGCCUGCGGGAUGAGUUUGCUUAGUAUAAAAAUGAGCCGAAAUUUUUGAAUGAAAGAAACUGCUGUUCUAAAUGUGUCCACUAGAUGUCGCAAUAGCAAUUAUUUGUAUCUUUGUAGAUGAUGCUACAUGUGUAAAAAAAAUUUGUGCACCACUCAAGGAAAAUGAGCAAACUACAUAAAUAACAUCCUGUAAUUUGAUUUUUAUAUUAUUGUUUUAUCUUGAUUGAUUGAAAAUUGACUGAUGAACAUUAUUACAUAAUUUAUUCAGAAAAUAUAAAUAACGACAAAUAAAUGUAGAAUACUAUUAACCGCAACAUGUAAGUGUAAAAAAAACAAAAACAUUAUGAUUUGUACAUUUUCAGAAUGUGCUUGUUCUAUUUUUUAACAAAGAACACAAUCUGAAGUUGUCUUUAUUUUUAAGUUACCCUGCCGUGAUUUUACCAGUCCGGCCCCACUUGGGAGUAGAUUUUUCUCCAUGUGGCCCCCCCAUCUAAAAUGAGUUUGACACCCCUGGUUUAGACCAACAAUCACGCAGAAAUAGUGCUGUGUGUGUGUGAAGUAUGUCAACUGUGGUGUCUGCCACCAAUGUAUUGUAAUCACUCAUUAUGUAUUAUUCAAACUGAUCUUUCUUUUUUGUAUCAUGCUAAGUUAAUAAGUGUACAUGUUCUACCUAUUUCCCCAUAUUUCUACACAAUAACUCAGAAUAUAAAGAAUAUGGCGGGAUUUUUGGUCCAGAACAUAUUUUGCUUUAUUCAUUAUUUACAUAUUUCUUGCCACCUUAUGUCGAAUGUUUUUUAUGAGAUUUUCAGUUCACUUUCUCAUCCAUUAUUACACCCAAAAUGUGGUUUCUUUUACUCUUUCUCCAUCUAUUUGUAUUUGCGUUUGACUUUCUCUUCUAUUGUUACCAAGAUGCAUUAUUUUAGUUUUACUGAGAUUCAAAGUUAGUCUGUUUUUGUCAAAUCUUCUGUUAAAUGUACUCAUUUCUUCUAUUAUUAUUAUUAUUAUUGGUGGCUCUCCAGUGUUUGACAGCGAACCGGCACUUCCCAUACUUGCCUGAUUUCCGGGUUGUUGGUAAAGCAAUGGAAACGCUUUCCAGAAUUCACGCAGGACUUUAUGCUGCACAACAGGACAUUUUUUGCAUGGCAAAAAACUAAGGAGGAAGCACCGCAAACAAAUAGAAUCAGCUCAAAGUUGGAAGUACGGUAGUCACCUGAGUGCCUUUUGACCAAUUGUUGAGGACUUUCUCUUCAUACACGACUCUGUUCUGAGGGAACUCCCUGAAAAAAGAAAAUAUAUAUACAUAUAUUUUUAUCAUUUUAUAUUUUUUUUAAUUUUAACGGGCAAAAUGGUGCGCCGUCGUCAUAUCGUGACAUUGCUGGUUUUAAGAGCAGAGGAGCAUGUUCGGCAGCGCACAAUCACAGAGUACUUACAAGCAGACACUGUGUGUAGACAGAAAAGGGAGAACGGAUGCAUUUUGGCUUAAAAAACUAACGAUAGAUGUCAAGCUACAACACUGAAGCGCCGCCCUACAAGAGGUGCUUUAAAACAUGGCUAGCAAGUUAGCGGGUAACGUCCAUCCACAGUCCGGAGUGUUUCGGCUCCUUCUAAAUCACUAACCCUCGCCUCCAUGGCGACAAAUAAAGUACGUUUCUUACAAGUAUCAUCCCUGCAUGACGAGGAAUAGCUAAACAUGCUUCACUACACACUGUAGGAGGAUACAAUAGCUAACCGGCGUCACCACUAAGAAAAGCUAGCGCUCCUGAAUGUAAACAACUGCCAUGGAUGAAUCUACACCUGACAUCUAGUGUAAUUAUACCAAGUACAAGAGCGUAUCCAGUUGAUACUACAAUGAUAACAUAGAUAUUUUUUACCGUCGCAAAGUCGUUUUUUCUUUUCUUAAAUGUAAAUUAAGUUUAUAAUAAAUAUGUCCCUGGACACAUGAGUACUUUAAAUCGGACCAAUGUAUGAUCCUGUAACUACUUGGUAUCGGAUUGAUCCUAACAUUUUUGGUAUCAUCCAAAACUAAUGUAAAGCAUCCAAACAACAGAAGAAUUAAGAGAUUAUUACAUUUGAACAGAAGUGCAGAAGGAACAUGUUAAAACAGAAAAUAAGCAGAUAUUAACAGUAAAUGAACAAGUAGAUUAAAGAUCAAUUUUUAUAGCUUGUCCCUCAUAAUUCUGACAAAAUAAAAGAAUGGUAAAAGAAUGGUUAAUAAGUAUCGAAAUACAUGUUGGUACAUGCAACCAGAAUAGUUAAUUCUAAUGCUAUGUCCUUUGACUGUGACUUAUUUUCCAGUCCUGUCGGGUCUCGUGCACAUACCUGGGCAAUUUUUAUUAAAAAAAUAGCUUGCAAACUAAUCAUUCGCCCCAAAGAGCUGUUCAAAAGAUUUGACUCUUUCCAGAACUGCACAUCUCAAUAAAGGAUCCAUUGUUGGC